AUGGGGUACCGCACGAUCUCCUGGGAGUCGGCGAUGGUUCUGGCGGGUGUAAUCCCCUGGAAGUACCAGGCGGAGGUGGAGGCGGAGGUGUAUCGUCACCGAUGCGCCCUCCGUCUGGACGGGGAUGUUCAGGGUGGCCCGCCGGAGCCAAGCGUCGAGGAGGUCAGGCUCCAGGCCCACCGUGUCGCUGUUUCCCGCUGGCGCGCGGAGCUUAUCGCCAACGGGGCCGCGGAGAAGCGCGCGGUCGGGGCGAUCCUUCUACGAAUGGAGCAGUGGAUGGAUCGCGGCCACGGGCGGCUCUCGUUCCGGAUCACGCAGGUGCUGACCGGGCACGGGUGCUUCGGUUGGUACCGGCGCUGGAUCGGUAGGGAGCAAUCGCCGGGGUGCUAUGAGUGCGGAGUGGGUGUGACGGACACCGCCCAGCAUACGCUGGGCGAGUGUCCGGCGUAUGCAUGGCCUCGGCACUUCUUGCAGUGCGAGGUAGGUGUGGACGUGAGU